AUGAGUCAGCUUGAAGAUUACCGUAGAGAAAUGGAGUCUAGAGAGGUUGAUGAAGAUGACAUCGUCGUUAACGCUCAACAUAGAUCUAUUGUCGCGGGACUUCGUUCUCUAAGAUGGGCUCCUAUUGGUGAUGAGUCCAUGAUCGUUCCUGAUCCGCGGGAUGACGGACCAACGUUACGCAAUAGAAAGAGAUUGACUAACUUGAUUGACCAAUCCAUUUUUCCCAAAGGUUUGACAGUAGUGGUACCAAAACCGCAUCAACGUCCUUGGAGACCUCCUCAGGGAUUCUUCUUUCGCUAUGCAGUUGGCUUGAUGAUGUUGGGAGCCGACUGUGGAGUUGAGAUCGAUGCGGACAUUUUCGAAGAGGCUACGACCUUUGCUGUUCCAAAAGAUAAUCCGGGAUUAUGUCGAGUGAAUGCCAGACCUUACCAUAAGGUCGUUAAAGGGAUGAAGACGCAUGAUUUUCGACCUAGAGGAGCAUUUGGAGGGAUAUCAGCGAGCCUUGCUGCUGUUAGGACGAGAGAUCAUUCGCCGUCAAGUUCAGAGAUGGGAAAAGCUAGUCGCCAGAUUCCGAUUUACGUCGAUACGUUCGGAGAAGAUAGUUCGGUAGAGACGGAUGUCAAUGUAUCCGCCGUUGUAACCGAACAACAACAGGUGGUGACAAAGGUUUCAGAGAGUGGUGUGAUCGAGACUAACCGCCGGGCUGCUAGCGAGGAUAGGAUGACGCGACUUUCAGAUGCUCAAGCUAGGAAGAAAGCUUCAGACAGCAGAAGUUAUUGCGGCGAGUUUGCUAGAAAAGUUAUCGGGUCGUCUCGUGAGUUCCCUCCCGUUGAAUCCCCUAUAGCAAAAAAUCUCUACCAAAUUUGGGCUUGUAAGGAGGUUCAGUCGAUUACCACCGGAAAUGCAUUAUACAAUUUUCUCGAGGAACAGGCGAGAGAGGUGAGGGAGGAAACGGUGGCCGUUCAGAAAAACGAAAGACCGCGGAAUUUAUUGCAGCAACUCGUUUGUGUAACUUGAACUCACAGAGCUCUUGGAAAGUCUCAAAAAGUCGGAUAAUUUUAGUCGAGCUGAGCAAUCAAGGUUGAGAAGUUCCCUUGACGAUGCUCUUCGUACUGCUCGUUCCGAAUGGAGCCGCUUUAAAGAUGAUGUUGCUAUUUAUAAAGCCAGGAUCGAUCGGCUAAAGAAGCAUAUGCUUGACAAACGUGUUGCAGACGAAUCUCUUUUCAUGCAAUGCCAAGCCGUAGGUUCUCGGAAACUCUUGAAGAAAUUGAUCAAAAACGGUACCGCAAUCCUAAGGGAGACUAUGUGCGAGCUUAAGGUUGACAAAAACAAUUGGCGCGAAGUGGUCGAUGCUCUUGAGAUUACCGAUCUUCUUGAUGAUGACCUCGUGGCCUUUCCAGAGUUUGAGGACGAGGCAUCGAUGACGACAGCUGAGGGCGAAGCAAGGAUUGGUGGUACUUAGGUCGUUGUGACCUUCCAAAGUGGCAUGAGGAUGGGGGUCGCUUUUAUGCUAUUUGUUUUAUCUCUUUCGGUAUCGUAAACUUUGUUCGGCAUUUUUUUUUGUUAUAGAUGUGCCCGCGAAGGGUUGCCU